AUGCCUCAGCCCAUACACCUUUCCAACUCUCAGCCCCAAUCUCGCAGCUGGCGCAGGGUCCCCCGCAAGCUGGCCAAGGCUCUCAUGAAGUCCCACCCAUUGCACCUCCCAAAGUACAAUUUACCGCUGCGCUUUCGGCCAUGGUUUGUCCUCUUUACCUGCAUCAUCAUGACCAUACUUGCCGUCCUGGGCUUCACCAACUUGAGGCAUUCCCUGCCCCUCAAUGACAAGGUGCUGCACUUCCUUUGCUUCUGCAUCGCCACGGGCGUCUUUUAUUUCAUCCUCGAUGUCGAAGAGGACGCACGUCGAAUAUGGUUUUGGAGGCACGCAGGGCUCAUCUUCACUGGCAUAAUAUGCUUCUUCUUUGGUGGCUUGAUUAGCGAAGUCGUGCAAGCGACCCUUCCAUACAAAGAAUUCGAAUUUGGCGACGUUGUGGCCAAUCUUCUCGGGGCAGCCUUAGGCCUCUAUGUAGCGUUUUACAUUGAGAAAUACUACCGUCAUCGUAGAGAGAUCGCACGCCUAUACCGCCCUGUCAACACUGAUGAGCUCUCGGAAGAGGAGGCAUCAGAUGAAGAGGGCGCUUCUGGCACGCAGCUACUCCCCCUCCAUCAGUCAAGACCCUCUGCCCCUGCAGCCAAAACGUCCAGUGCUGCGUCUAAAGCACGUGCUGCGGAAGCACCACGACUAGGUGACGUAUGGGACGAACGAGAAGAGAUUUUCGGCAUAGCAGAUGACAGUGACGUCGAAGACGAUGACCUUGGGCAAGGUGGCGGUCAUUCGCAAGUACCACACGCGAAGCCCUGA